GAAGUUUUCACCUGCCUUUUCAAGGUCAUUGAGCUUGGUCUGUUUGAAAAUCCUGACAUAUAUAUGUUUACCGAGCUUGAAGAUGGAAAGCUGAUCCUUCUGCCAUCACAUUUGUAUGACACCUCUAAUUACAAGAACUACUGGCUGGGUAUUUGCAUGCUGCUUACAGUACUUGAGGAACAAGCCAUGGCAUCACUGUUGCUAGGGCCUAACAAGCAGAAUGAUUUUAUGCAGUCCAUACUUCACAUUAUGGAAAAGCAAACAGAAGAUGAAAGCUCAAACCCUUUUUGGCCUGCUCUUCACUGCUUCAUGACCAUCCUCGAUCGCUUGGGUUCCAAAGUAUGGGGGCAGCUCAUUGAUCCCAUCCAGGCAUUUCAGACUAUCAUAGGGAGCCCAAGUUACAACAGCGAGAUUGAAAACAUCAGGAAAAGCUGUCAGAGGAUAACAAAGUAUGAACCUGAUCCAGACGAUGAUGACUUUGUGACAUGUAGCCAAGCUGUGUACAGUUUUAAUACUGAAAAAGUAAAAAAGGUAAGU